GUCUUACCUACUCCGUGUUCAUUUAUGGUUCUCGUCGCGUUAUUUAGUGAACGAAAGGGGUUGCCAUAUUGUUAAUGUGUGAUUUAAUCUUUUUAGUAAUGUGGAGACUGUUACGUGAAGUGCUGUAGUCCAAAGGGGAACGUGAUAGUGCGACCUUCCUUGCGUGUUGUUUUGCGAAAGGAUUGGCCACAAUGAUCACAAGAAAGCAUUUAUUCGUCUUGUCUCUCUCUGUGGGAUUUAUUUAUGUUAUUACGAAUAACUUUGUGGCCGCACCAAGAGUGGAAGAUUUCACGGCAAGAAUUAGACCAGUCAUCCCAUUAAAGAAAACGAGGUUAGAUUUUGAGAAAAUGGGAAAUUUGACGGGUAACACACCUGUAGAGGAGGCCGCCUCGGGAGCCCUGAGCAGCGCCUAUCCUUCCCACCAUGAAACCGAAAUUAAGUAUUACGAAGCAACGAAGAAAGUGAUGCAUUUGCUCCAAAACAAAGCUUUCGAAAGUUCAAAAAAUUAUCUUAAUAAUAUGAUAAAGCUUGCGAACGGACAGGGAAUGCUCUCAAAUAAUACUAGUCAUAAAGAAUCUAUUGUUAAAAUCGAAAAUAAAAAUCCAGCGACCAGAAGCGGUUAUAAAAUUACGAAGAAUAUAAAGAACACGUCCUCCCCGAGUGCAGCCUUCCAGAAUAGUCGAAGAAAUGACACGGCAGAAAUGGAAGCACUGCUCGAGAGUAAGAGCCUCCCCGCGCCGCGCAGCCUGGACCGGCCGCUGCUGGCCGUGGCGGACGCAGACCGCAUCCGCUACAACUCCACCUGGCAUGGCUACACGAAGCCCAUUAUCGUGUUCAAGCCACUGGGUAGGCUGGGCAAUGUCAUGGGCGUCUAUGCGUCAGUGUGGGCCGUGGCAAGGGCUUAUGACGCGAACGUGUUUAUGGAAUCCGAAGUCGAGGAGAUCCUGCGACCCGUUUUCCCUCGCCUCUCGAUGUCCACACUCCCAGUGAAGUUCGUGGGCGGGUCGUGGGUGUACUUAGUCCGCGGAGGACCUGACCUCACCGACUACAGGCCCCUUCAGGAGGCAGCUGCGGGGCUUCGAGGGGACAGGACGUUCAUGGUGGAUGAAUAUCCGUUUGAGAUGCAGAUUUUCAACGCUUAUAGAGAGGAUAUUUUGAAGGAAUUCACGUUCAGCCUUUCGCUUCAGAGUCAGGCUCAGCAGUUCCUCCGCAGUGUUACCAACAGCAGUAGGAAUUUUGUCGGUGUUCAUGUUCGACGCACUGACUACCCUGCUUUUCUGAAGGUGAGUUGA